AAUAUGAAAUGUUUUAAAUAACCACUGUUCAAAAUAAGCACUUGUCUGUUUGUCCCGACAAGUGAAAAUCUGCUCGGACAAGCAAAAUGUACCUCAACGGUUGUCCAGUGGACAGUAAAACUGUUCAAUUAUGUCAAUAUGUAGAAGAACCACAUCUACGUCCCUUCGGACGUAGCCCAGUGGUAAAUGCUUGUUUGAUGCACAGUCAGUUUGGGAUCAAUCCCCAUCGGAGGGCCCAUUGGGCUAUUUCUUGUUCCAGCCAGUGCACCACAACUGGUAUAUCAAAGGCCGUAGUAUGUCACUAUGUGCUAUCCUGUACCUUAAUUGCUACCGUCCCGUCUUGCCACUUCAUGGUACUCACCAAUUCGGGGUAUUUCCCAAAAACGUCAUAUCUCGCGACAGUUCAUGUGUACUGCGCCACCUAGCGAACGUUUCUGAAGAGAAAGCGUCCCUGGAUACCGGAGAACAAAAUGUUCAAGAUUGCAUCAAUUAAUGUAAGUAUUAUUAAACUACAUUGUCAAACAAGUAAAAUACAUUGUUCUUACCAAAAUGCAUUUUAUACCAUUGAGCAAAAUAAAGUACCGAAGUUAGUACAAGACCUGUAACAUGAAAAUGUAUGCAUCGUCUGCUCUACCUUGUUAUUGUAAAUUAUAAUCACAUGACAUAUGUGACGUGGCUUUCGCCAAUUUUUGAAACUAUGGAAUCGCAUAAGGGCUAUCUCUUAUAUCUGAUUCCUUGUGUUUUUUUAGGAUUUCACGUCACGUCAUAAAAAGCGCUAUCAAUCAUAUAGCCCUACUCAACUUAAAAAUGCAUAUGCAGAUGUCACUCAAAAGGGAACUUCUGUAUAUAAGGCUGCCAGGCUGUAUUCCGUUCCUGAACAAACACUCAGAGACAGAAUAUGCGGGAUUAUUUCCCCAGACACGACAAGGUCCGGACCUGGUCCAAUGUUUUCCUUGGAAGAAGAAAACAAACUGGCAGAACAUUUGAAGUUGAUGGCGUCUGUUGGCUAUGGCUACACAAGAGCGCAGGUUUUAAAUCUUGGAACUGACUAUGCCACCCACUUAAACAAACGGCCACACGAUUGCAACUCUCUUUCUCUACAGUGGUUUUAUGGGUUCAUGGGAAGAUGGCCAGAAUUAAAGUUGAGAAGACCCAAAUCCUUGUCAGAGCUUCGAGCCUACGCUACUUCAGAGGAAAGCAUAACGAAAUACUUUGAUGAACUGGAGACAAUUCUUGAAAAGUAUGACCUCAAAUCAUCUCCUGAAAACAUAUAUAACGUGGAUGAGAAGGGAAUUAGUAUGACUCACGCACCUCCGUAUGUUGUAGGAUCCACAGACGAAGUUCCAAUUGAAAUAUCGCCAGAAAGAUCAUCCACAGUCACUAUGAUAGGGUGUGGCAAUGCACUGGGUCAACAAAUCCCACCAUAUUUCAUUUUUCCUGGGGCUCGAAUGCGCCAAGAACUAUUAGAAGGAGCCACCAUUGGUACGAAUGGCACUGUUAGUAAGUCAGGAUGGUCCAAUUCAGACAUAUUUCAAACAUGGCUUGUAGAUCAUUUUGCGAAGUACGCAAAAGUUGGUGGAGAUAAGAAGACAUUAUUGUUGUAUGAUGGUCACAGAUCCCAUAUUUCACCUUAUUUGGUUGACUUUGCAGUGCGGAAUGGAAUCAUCCUGUUUGUUCUACCACCUCAUACAAGCCAUAUCCUUCAGCCGAUGGAUGUGGGUUGUUUUGGACCGUUUUCUAAAGUUUUCAGUGAUGAAUCUCGAAAAUGGCAACGUUCUCAUUCUGGAACUCUCACCCGCUACAAUGUCUGCUCUAUUGCACGUCGAGCUUACGACAUCUCGCUGAAUCCCAGGAAUCUUCAGAGUGCUUUCAGGAAGAGUGGGAUUUAUCCAUUUAACCCAAUAGCAAUUGAUUCAUCUCUGUUGAAACCUGCCCAGUAUGCCAAAAAGAGAAGAGCUGAACAAUCUACAGAAACUGCGAGUAACAAUGCCGAUAUUUCUCAACCACAAGACAGAAACACUGUUAACAAUUUCUUUUCAAGUCACCUGCCAAUUGUACACCACGAUAAACCCAAUCAGUCUAAACCCAGGCGUUCAGUUCACAAGUUGUUGGUGGAAAACCAAUUACAGAGCCAGAUGUAUCAUCCCAACUGUAUGAAUGUCUCUUCCUCUAAAAAACCCAAAGUUGUUUCUUCAAGAAAAACAAAAGCUGUAGUACCAAUUAAAAAAUCAAAUUCACCGCAGCCAGGGCCCUCAGGAGUUGAUAACGGGCUGAUAUCAAGUGACAACUUCUCGGAAUCGGAAACUGAAGAUGACGAAAAGUGUUGUGUUUGUGGGCUUUUUCAACCAGUUGAAUUAAAAAGAUGCACUUCACUGGUAUUUACUCUGUGGGGACAGUGCAUGUUCCAAAACUGUAAUCACUGGGUUCAUUUAAAGUACUGCUGUGAUGUACGAUGUCUACGACGACAUGACGUGUUUUUCUGCCCGUGUCAUGGCUUGCCAUGCAAGCAGGAAGAAUAAACAUACAUGUAUCUUCGAGCAGCUGUGAAGAAACCAGAC